GCUCGAAAGCGUUCCCCCAAAAGGCUUAGCGCUACAAGGGUGUCAUCCUAGCUUCCGAGACUCAAUUUACUGGAUCUGAUAGCGCUCGGGGGUUCUGAUUGGUCACAAGUUCGGAUUCGCUUGUCGCAGGGCUGAAGCGCUUGGCAUGGGUGCGUAAUGGGAGAUGGAUUUGGAUAGUCAUUCGAGGGUUGUAUUGAGAUGCUUUUGACGGUUAAAGCGUUCCACUGACGUGCAGGGUUGAUGGAUGAGGUGAGAUGUAUAAAGCAAAACAAUCUUCCGACUCGAAAAGGCUAUUCCACUCCUGGCCGUCAUCCAUCAACCUUAUCUCUUCCGCCCCCUCACCUCUCCCUCUCAAUCUCAACAUCAACUAAACAAUCAUCAUGUCGCAGGUACCGCCAGACAACUUGGUCAUCUUUGGCCCCGACGCAAAUUGCACUCUCGCUCUAUGUCCCGUAGAAUGGAGCGUCUACCAAUACCGUCCAUCGCUCGCCGCGAACAUCACCUUCAUCGUCCUCUACGCCAUCGCCAUGGGGACACAUCUCGUUUUAGGUAUCAAGUGGAAGCAGUGGUUCUACAUGAGCUUCAUGAUGAUUGGGUGCCUGUUUGAGAUUAUUGGAUAUAUUGGAAGGAUUAUCAUGUAUAAUAAUCCUUUCAACUUCGGCGGUUUCAUGGUGCAGAUUGUGUUUAUCACGAGUGGUCCUGUGUUUUACACAGCGGCCAUUUACGUGACACUUUCCAAGACUAUCAAAUAUUUCGCCCCCGAGGUCUCCCGCUUCAGACCCGAGCUCGUCUGGUGGAUAUUCAUCCCUGCCGAUGUCGUCUGUCUCGUCCUCCAAGCUGCAGGUGGCGCAUUGUCAACCGUCAGUCAAGGAUCCAGCCAAACUGGUAUCGACAUCGCCUUAGCCGGUCUAUCUCUACAGGUCGUCAUCCUCGUUCUCUUCUGCGCUCUUCUCGGCGACUAUCUCUGGCGAUACUUCCGUAGUGGAAAUGUCAGUGCUAUGGGCAGACGCAUGAGGAUCUUCUUCGGAUUCUUAAGCGCCGCAGUUAUUCUUAUUCUUGCGCGUUGUGCAUUCCGAUGCUAUGAAUUGAGCAAGGGGUAUCGAAACUCGGAUCUCAUCACGGAUGAGGGGUUGUUCAUUGGUCUUGAGGGAGUGCUUAUUGUCAUUGCAGUGUUCUUUUUGUGCAUCAGCCACCCAGGUCCUGUGUUCAACGAUGCGAUGACGACGGUGCCGGGCACCUCGCAGAGCGAUGCCGAUGCCGAGAAGUGAGGUCGAACGAAAAGUACUUGAUGUUUUGGUGAUGUCGAUGCCAGGAUGAUAUCUGGGGUUUCUGUGUGAAGCAAUAGAAUAUAAAGGACUAUUGGAUAGAAAUAUGGAAGAGUACAUGAAUGCACGAUCCAGUCUUUGUGUCGAACAAGUGACUUGGUAUCCUCCCACUCUGCUGAGUGGCCGAGAACAAAGACCUAUGGUGAACGCUAAUCACUUCUAAUAAUCAUAUCCCUGGGGUUUCACCUUUGCAAUGUGUGUCCCAGGCUUCUGUAUCUUCCCUACCUUCAGC